UCCUCCCUGGCGCUUUCCCUCUCGUCGACGGCGACAAUGACGAGCAACAGCAACAGCACAACAAUCCCCUUGCCAGCGUAUCUCGACCUUCCCCCCCAUCUCUCUGCCCACAAGUACUUCUAUGUCUGCACCCUCACCGUUCUCGCCUGGGACACUCUUGUCCUCACACCGCGAUCAUACAAGCUUUGGAGAAUAACAAAAGGCUGGCCUGCUCUCAAAUGGAUGUAUUACUUCCUCCAGUGGUUCGUACUCAUCGACUUCAUUCCAACAGGUGUUCUGUUCUUCAGCACAACGGCUUCACAGUCGACAUGCAAACAAUUCUGGCCGUUUGAACCUAUAUGUACCGCUAUCCUCAUCGCUGUAACGUCUGCAGUGCACGUCAUCCGCAUCAGCGCAAUUUACGAUCAGAACAGCAAGGUUCGUGCAACCCUCUGGGGCCUCUUCGCCGUUCAAGUUGUCGUCACCGCUAUUUGCUGUGGCUUCUACCGCUCUGUUAAACUCGAUGUAGGUCAGGGCUGUAUCGCAGGCCCUAUUGGCAGUCAUAGUUGGGUUGGUAUCUAUUGGCUCGCUCCCACAUUAUUAUAUGCUGCUUCUUUUGUAUUCGCCGCUCGUAAAUCAUGGGCGUCUCUCGAAUCCAAGCCUCUCAGCCUCUGGAAACUCAUGCUCCGAGACGGCCUCAACCUCUACGGCGCCAUCCUCCUCGUCAACCUUGCCAACAUGCUCUUCUACUUUGUCAUGCCCCCCACCCCACCCUUGUCCACGACAACUCCUGUAGUCACCCUCGAAGACCCCAUCAAGACCAUCGUGACCUCCAUGGCGGCCGUGCUCACCACCACCAUGACCAUGCGUAUCAUUCUCUCCGUGCGCGGAUCGCUCGUCGACGGUGGAUCGUUCAUGGGCUCGCACUUCUCAGGCGCCUCCUCAUCCACCGCCGCCUCUCGCUCGAUCAGCAACAACCAUCACGGUGCACAUACCUUGAACCUCGGCGGCAUAUCUGGCGGUGGCGACAUCGGAAGCAAAGGCAUUCCCUGGGAGGGCGAUGGCAAGGAAAGCGUAGGCGAGCAGGAGGCCGUCAAGGGCGGGAUGAUCUUGCCCAUCGUCGGUGAAGACCCAGAGAUAAGAGUCGAGUCGCCGCGCCCGUAUGGGGUUCAGGUCACCGUGGAGUCGCAGGUCGAAUACGAUGAUUUCCCGAGAGGUAGAUAAAUGGGUGUUUUUAAUAUCUUUCUCCCCCCCUAUCUAUUCGGAAAGGAAAUCCAUACCGCUGUUCAUCCUAUUCACCAUGCGCAUUUCCUAUUCUUCAUCAAAUAAAAAAAAGAGAAAAAUUAACUAACACAACAACUUUUUUGCUAUCUUGCUUUUUUUUAUUUUUCAUUUGAAUAGUAUAAAUGAUACAACCUCGAUUUUAUUAUUCUAACGCCUUUUCUCAUGUGUACCUAUACCACGCCCCAGAUGCCCAUCUUGUGUACCAUGCUCUAGCUUGCUUGUACAUAAUAGAGUUGAUCAACCCUGGAAAUGCACAAAAC